AUGCGGUCGGCUAAGCCAGGCGCACUGCUGCCUGCAUUCCUCCUUCUGGCUCUGACUUUGUCCUUGCACGGGACACAGGGAAGGCCCCAGGGGCGCAGGGUAGUGCAUGUGGCUGUGGCGGGCGAGGAGCCAAGAACGUUGUUUUUCGUCCCGGCUGUCGGGGCCGGCCCGGCUCCCAGCGCCUUCCGGAGCGCAGAAAUAUUCCCAAGAGAUUUGAACUUGAAGGACAAAUUCAUCAAACAUUUCACAGGGCCAGUCACAUUUUCAGCUGAAUGUAGCAAACAUUUCCAUCGACUAUAUCACAAUACUAGAGAUUGCUCAACACCAGCUUAUUAUAAACGAUGUGCUCGUUUAUUAACAAGACUGGCGGUGAGCCCACUGUGUUCACAGACCUAG